AUGCUGCCAAAGCUAGUUACAAGUCUUCUCUGCGUGGCAGUUGUCUUUCUCAUCAUUGAUUUUAAUGAUGCCAUCGUCUUUAAGUUUACGAAUUUCGAGUGCCUGAGCCGCAAUCAAUCCUGGUUUGUGUUCCACUAUUGUCGUCUGAAGGCGAUCAGUCGUGAGAAGGUCAUUCUCAACGUAAAUGGAACUGUUCUACAUUCGGUCAAUAAUAUAAAAGUUCAUGUCAAGCUACUUAAAAAGGACAACAGAUUUAAGCCUUGGUUACUAGAUGUGAAAAUCGAUGCGUGUCGCUCUUUGGAGAACAACUUCCAUCCUUUCUUAAGGAUUAUAUUCGAUCUCUUCAAGGAUUUCUCCAGCUUAAACCACACGUGUCCAUUCGUCGGCCUCCAAGUUGUGAAGGAUUUUUAUCUCAGGCCCGAGUUAUUAAAGCUGCCCUUUCCGUCUGGAGAGUAUAUGCUAGCUCUACUGUGGUUUUUCGACAAAAAGAUCCAGUUCGAUACCAAUGUUACUUUUAUUUAUAAAGAGGAUCUCAUUAACUCAUAA